AUGUGUGACUUAGGAGCUUCCAUAAAUGCUAUGCCUCUAUCAGUUUAUUUGUCUUUGGAUGCAGGCCCUUUGAAACAAAAAGGAAUCACACUCCAACUAGUCGAUAGAUCAAUAGUCUAUCCCAAGGGCGUGUUGGAAGAUAUUUUGGUCCAAGUAGGAAAAUUAAUCUUCCCAGCAGACUUCUUUGUCCUAGACAUGGAGGACGACAAUUCAUCCAACUCUACAGAUUUGUUGCUAGGAAGACCAUUCCUUAGCACAACUACAACGAAGAUUGACGUGCAUGAAGGCAUGCUCACAAUGGAGUUUGAUGGAGAAGAGGUAAAGUUUAAUAUCUAUGAUGCAAUAAAGUAUCCUGAUGAAAAAUUUUCUGUUUGCAGCAUAGAUGUAAUCGACCCUCUCGCUCAAGAAGCAUUUGAACUAAGCAAGGAAGACAAGUUGGAGAUAGUUCUAACUGAAAACUUGACAUUAGAUUACCUUGACGAGUGCACAACCCAGUUCGAUGAAGAGAUCAUAGAAACCAUCCACUCAUUGGAUACACCAGACCAGAAGGUAAGUACCUCUAAUUUACUUUCAAUACCCAAAUCUCACCACAAACUUCUCCCUUCAAUUCUUCAGGCACUGGAGAUUGAGCUAAAGGCUCUUCCCAUGCACCUGAAGUAUGUCUUCCUAGGGAAAGAAAACACCCUUCCGAUCAUAGUCUCUAAUAAACUGAGUAAAGGUGAGGAAGAUAAGCUUGUUCAGGUACUGAAGGAGUAUAAGGAAGCAGUUGGGUGGACAAUCGUAGAUCUUAAGGGAUUAAGCCCCCUCUACAUGCAUGCACAAGAUCCUCCUUCAAGAGAAUAG